CGGCCGCCCGGUCCGGUGUCCGCGAGCCGUGCUUCGGCGCGAGCCCGGGAAGAGGGAGUCGGAGCUGCUGUCGUCGGCGCCGAGGCGUCGGAGCGGCUCCUGGGAACGCGGGCGGGGCCCCCGAGAGCGCGCGGAGGCGGCGUGGAGUGUGGAGGGCUGGCGAGUGGGUCUUCCCUCUCCCUGCAGUUUCACCUGCCUCCUUGGGACAAGCUAAGAGAUCCAAUGAUGGCCUUCAAGCAGCUCCUUCUUCCUGGGCCCCAGGUCUUAGUUUCCUUUGAGGAUGUGGCUGUGUUCCUCUCCCGGGAGGAGUGGGGCUGUCUGGGCCCCGCUCAGAGGGGCCUCUACAGGGAUGUGAUGCUGGAGACCUACAGGAACCUGAUCUCACUGGGAUUUCAAGAUUCCAAACCUGAUGUCAUCUCCAAGCUGGAGAAGGGGGAAGAACCAUGGGCCCCUUACUCACCGAGAAUUGAAGAGGGCUGGAUCUGGAGUCAUGGGAGUGAAAGCUUUGAGUCUUGGACGGGAAAGAAGGGAUUGUCUCCAAAACAGGAAAUUUCCAAAGCAGUGGGGUCCCAGAGACCAAAAUCAGAAGAACAUGUAAGGAAUAUUUUCAAGGAACCUGAUUUUGAAGAGAUGAGUAAAACUGAAGGAAAGUUAAAAAAUUGCUGGAGAAAAUCUGCAGAGAAAGGACUUAAGAAAUCCUUCUCCCAGAAGAACAAUUCCAGGCCAGUGACAUUGACCCGUGUGAAAACCCCUAUUGGUGGGGAAGGCCAGAAAUCAAUUUCUGUGGAGGUAAACUUCACUGCAGAACCAAACCCUCUGGGAUUUCAUAGAGCAUCUAGAGGGGAGCAUCCCCACCAGAAUGUGCCGUGUAUGUGUGACUUGCAACAAAGUGAGGACCUCAUUAAUCUCCAGUGUUUCCAUCUAGAAGAAAGAGGCUGUCAGACAGAUAUGUUGGUGAAAGUGCCCAGGCAGAGUUCAGUUUUUAGUGAGAAUCAGACGGUUAACAAUCCAGAGAAAUCCUUUGAAUGUACUGAGUGUGGAAAGCCUUUCAGCCCGAGUAGGGCUCUUUCUCGGCGUCAGAGAAGUCACCCUGGAGAGAAACCCUAUGAGUGUAAUGAGUGUGAGUGUGGUGGAUGUGGAAAAACUUCCCGCUGCUGCUCUGUCCUCAGCCAACAUCAGAGAGUUCACUGUGGAGAGAAGUCCCACACCUGUGCUGAGUGUGGCAAAGCUUUCAGGGCUCAUUCCUAUUUCAUUCAGCACCAUAACACUCACACUGGAGAAAGACCUUAUGAGUGCAGUGAAUGUGGGAAAACUUUCAGUGCACGUUCAUCUUACAGUCAACAUGUUAAAAUUCAUACUGGCCAGAAACCUCAUGAGUGUAAUCAGUGUGGGAAAGCCUUUAGUCAUACCUCUAACCUGAUUCAUCAUCAGAGAAUUCAUAGUAGAGAGAAGCUGUACAAGUGUAAGGAAUGUGGGAAGGCUUUCAGUAGACACUCACACCUCCUUCAGCAUGAGAGAACUCAUUCUGGAGAGAAACCUUAUAACUGUACUGAGUGCAGAAAAGCCUUCAGUGCACGAUUAUCUCUCAUUCAACAUCAGAGAACUCACACAGGAGAAAAACCCUAUGAAUGCAGUGAAUGUGGGAAAUCCUUUAGCCUGAACCGAACCCUUACUGUUCAUCAGAGAAUUCACACUGGAGAAAAACCCUACAGGUGUAAUGAAUGUGGAAAAUCCUUCAGUCAGCGCUCCCAAGUCAUUCAGCACAAGAGAAUUCAUACUGGAGAGAAGCCUUAUGUCUGCAAUGAGUGUGGAAAAUCAUUCAGUGCUCGCCUGUCCCUCAUCCAGCAUCAGAGAAUUCACACCGGAGAAAAACCUUAUGGAUGCAGUGAGUGUGGAAAAACGUUCAGUCAAAAGGGACAUCUGAUUCAGCAUCAGCGAAUUCACACUGGAGAGAAGCCCUAUGAGUGUAAUGAGUGUGGAAAAGCCUUCAGCCAGAGUUUUAAUCUUAUUCAUCAUCAAAGAACACACAAUGGUGAGAAGCCCUAUGAAUGCAAUGAGUGUGAUAAAGCCUUCAGUGUGCUCUCUUCCCUUGUUCAACACCAGAGAGUCCAUAAUGGUGAGAAGCCCUAUGAAUGUCACAAAUGUGGGAAGGCCUUUAGCCAGGGCUCACACCUCAUUCAGCAUCAGAGGAGCCACACUGGAGAGAAACCCUACGAGUGUACCGAGUGUGGGAAAACCUUUGGGCAGAUAUCCACCCUAAUUAAGCAUGAGAGAACACACAAUGGAGAGAAACCCUAUGCGUGUGGUGACUGUGGGAAAGCCUUCAGCCAAAGUGCACACCUCGUCCGCCAUAGAAGGAUUCACACUGGAGAGAAUCCCUACGAGUGCAGUGACUGUGGGAAGGCCUUCAAUGUCCGCUCCUCUCUUGUCCAGCAUCACAGAAUUCAUACGGGGGAGAAGCCUUAUGAAUGCGAGAAGUGUGGCAAGGCCUUCAGUCAGCAUUCGCAGUUUAUUCAGCAUCAGAGGAUUCACACUGGAGAGAAGCCCUAUGUGUGCAAUGAAUGUGAGAAAGCCUUCAGUGCACGCUUAUCCCUUAUCCAACACAAGAGAAUUCACACAGGAGAGAAACCUUACAAAUGCCCUGAAUGUGGAAAGUCCUUCCGACAAAGCUCUCACCUCAUUCGACAUCAGAGAGUUCACAGUGGAGAGCGACCUUACGUGUGUAAUGAAUGUGGGAAAACUUUUAGUCAGAGAAUAACUCUUACCAGUCAUGAGAAAAUUCACACUGGAGAGCAAGCCUAUAAGUAUAUUAAAUGUGGGGACCUCUCUAGUGCACAGGCAGCACCAUGAAGUUCACAGUGGGGAGUAGCUGCAUUCUUCGAUAAAGUCUUCACUGUUUUACAUCAGGAGCAGUAUACCGAUGGGAAAGCCGCCACUUUUACAGCUUUCAUUUCGAGAUUCAUCUCUUGAAUGAUUUAACAAUCUCCCAGUACACUGUUAACUGAACGCAGGCUGCCAAAUUAUGUGGUAAAAAUUCCAAGAUCACAUGCCUUUCCUCUGAUUCAGAGGGUCGCCCCAUGCUUGAGUACUUGAGACGAGCACAGUUUAAUUACACUUAUUUAGGGUUCUGUUUUCAUAGCUCCAGACCUGAAGGUGCACUGAGGUGUUUCGUGUGGCCACUUGCUUUUCCUUCCUCAUCAUCGUCUAUUUCAGGUUCAGGGAAAGUAACUGGAAUCCUUGCACUUUAAAUCAGGAAAGAUCCACGUUGGGAUUUCCUUGUUGGUUUGUUUGGGCCUCUUCAAAAGGUUUUUGUUUUAUUGUGAUGGUUGUGGUCCCUUUAACUUGAGAAAUGUUCUCCCUUUUCAGCAUCAGAUAAUCCAACCAGGAGCAAAAUUUGUUAAGGAAUGAGGUGAGGUGUGUAUGUAGAUUCAGACAUUGAGGUCCUGCUAAGAAGUCAAAUGACACACGUAAAAUGAGUUUUUCUACAAGGUAAUUUGGAAAGUCAAACCCCUGUGAAUUGGGAGGAAAAUAAGCAUAAAGUAGACACAUAGUGGCAUGGGAUAUGAUUUACAGAUUUUGUUCUCAAAACCAAAGUUGGUGUAUUCCCUAUCAGUUUUUCAGGGAGAGAAGGGGAGCAGUCACAGCUGUUCCCUUUCACUGGGCAGCCUGGCACUGAACAGACUCUGGUGAGGAGUGGCAGGUCCUGCUGCUGCCAGAGGACAGGACUCUAGGUGAGGCAGGCCCAUUGAGCAGCUUUUAGUAGGUAGAUAAUCGUUCAGGUUGUUGCCAACCUCUGUGCCCUUGUCUGUGUGUUUUAAAGGUGCCUUUUGUCCCCUGGAGUGAUGUUGGUCAGGAGUGUCUCAGUGUCCUCUGAUUCUUGAUGUUUGAGAUGAAGUAUAUCCUGGGAGCUCUGUUUUCCUAAACACAGUUUUCAGAGUUGCCACCCUUGCCUGUGGUCUUUCUGCCCCUGAUUCAAUCAUGAGUUGCUCACUUCAGUAUCCUCAGAACCCUGUUCUCCAGAAGCUUCUUGAGCACUUUCUCCCACUUUUUUUUUUUUUGUGGAGGAAAGAUUAGCAUCAAAAUGAGCUGAAAUAGUUGUAGAUAUGAGAAAUUCAGCAACAACAGUCUGUGAUAGACAGUUCUACAAGCUGAAAUCUGGCAACUGAAAGUAGCUUAAGUCUUUGAUGAUCAAGCUGGAUGCCAUAUGAACAAACAUUCAGAAGGGAUUGGCCAGUUAGUAUUUGGGAUAAGCUAUAAUGGUGUGAUGCUUUGUAUGUAAGAAUCAGGGUAAGAAAGAAGGAAAGGUAAGAGUAAUGAAUUACUUAAUAAUUGGCCGUUUUAUUCCUUUAUAGUGUCCUUUUCACUAAAAAUUAUUCCAGUUUUCCCUUUUUUCAGAGGAAGUUUCUUAGAACUUGACUGAUCUUUUCUCCUUACAUUGACUUGACCUGUACUUCAAGUCUUAUUUUCCAGGCUGUUGUCCAUAUUGUAGUGGUAGUGGUCUUGGCUUAUCUUAGAAUGUUGAAAAGCUGAUUGGAAAAUCUGCCUCUUUGUGAUAAUCCUCCUAAGCACACUUCACCACAAAUAGCUUUGACUUAAAAUAAUAAAAUAAAAAUAAAAACUGGAGUGAAUUUACUGGUUAUAUGGUUAUAUGGUGGGAAUCAGCCUGAGAUGCAGGAAGAUGCAUCUGGAUCUCUACAAAUGAACAUCUCCAGCACUAAGUAUUGAGGUACCAAGCGGGGAGCCAUGAAUCCUUGCACA